AUGGCCGCCAAAAAUUCGAGCCGUACAACUCGUUCAGCAUCGUCAAAAUCGCUCAGCAAGACCACGUUACCCAAGAAACCUACCAAAACACAGGCCAAAAAAGCAAAAUCUACACGGCGGGCCAAACAGAAGGAGGCUGAGGUGCUUGUAGAGUCAUCGGAUGGAGAAUCGGAUUGUUCUGAGAUAGAGAACGAGGCAGAAGGAGAGGAUCUAUCCAAAUGCUCGAUUGAGUGCACCAUCCGUGAAUCGCCUACUGAAUUGAAGCAAAUUUCUGCGUCAGAAUCGGUCUUGAAUCCUGACCUGAAUCGUUCGCAAAUCGCCUCCGAAUCGUCCACUCUGACCUCCCCUAAUAUAGUGCCACCGAAUCAAUCAAAUGAUUAUGAAUUGUCAGACGACGACUCGGAGCAAGAUGAUGUCGAAAUGGAGGAACCGAUGUAUACCACAACCGGUGGCAUUUCUUACCUUCAUGCGGAUCGCUGGUACAUCCCUUCAGAUGAGGAAGAGGACAUGUUGGAAUCUGACUCCGGUGGUGAACAGCAGCUCGACGAACUCGCUGGGGACGACGAUCACGAUGACCACACUACCAUGACCGACUCUGGCAGUGAUUUCCAUUCAGAUGAAAUGUUCAGUGGUGACGAAGAAAUUCUCCGUAUCAAGUUUGGAGGCCCCCCUGCUCAAGUUGGCAAUGGUAAUGGGACCAUGAUUUAG